AUGCGUCUUUUCACCAAGAUAUUCCUCUUCUUCGUGGCCCUCUUCCUAGCCCGGCUCAACAGCUUCACCAGGUCCCCUACGCUCACGCCAGCAGAAGCUCAUGUGCUCAAGACCGUCACGUACGGCUUGGGCGGCGGGCUGCUGAUCAAUACCCUCUGCGGCAUCGCAGCUCCAAGCAUCGACCCGCAGGUCGCCGCAGCCGAUGGGUUCAUGAGUUGCGCGCCAUUUGGCCUCGCAGGGACUGUCAUCACUGCGAGGGUCUACGUCUUCACCACGGGCGGCUGGGGCAUGGAGCAAUGGUGGUACGCGAACCAGCUGCCACGGGUGGUCGAGAACGCAGUGCGAGAGAAACUCGGAUGGGAGCAAAGGCCGCUGUCUGUGCCGGCGCCAGUCACAAGGAAACCCAAGGUUCAGGAAGGUGAAUCGGUGCCCAAAGAGGAACUUUAA